AUGGCGGAUUCUAACCGCUUGGAAGAGCUUUUGAAAAGACCUCUCUAUGGUAUGGCUCCUUUUGAUCUGAUGACCCAUCCCGAAUAUCCACUAACCUGCAUAGUUUAUGACCUUCCACCAGAGCUUCUUGCGUCCCUAAGCGCAAAAUCCGCAAAUCAGCCUGUCGCCGAACAGACCCAGCAAGCCCCCGAGACGACUCCCAAGGAUCCAGAGCUUGCAGCGCAAGAAUCUGCAAUCGCAACGUCGACACUAUGCUCCCUAUGCAAGGUUUCUUACCUCGGUGUGCAAGAGCAACGAAGCCACGUCCGUUCCGAUCACCACCGUUACAACCUCAAAGCCCAACUCCGUGGCAACGCACCCCUCGAUGAGAUUCAAUUUGCCAAGGCCGUUGGAGAGCUGGAUGAAUCUAUCUCUGGAUCAGAGUCAUCCGAAUCGGAGGAGGAAGAAGCUGAUGGAAGCGGCGACACCACGCUUACGGCGUUGCUGAAAAGACAAGCCAAGCUGUCGGAGGCGAAUGAGGAGGCUACAACUCCUGCGACGGGAGGAUCGCCGAAGAAUCCACUGUUUUGGUUCUCAAGCUCAGGCUUGCCGUCUAACAAGUCACUGGGAAUCUAUAGGGCGAUCUUCUCAGACGUCGAGCAGGAUGCGCCUGCAUACUUGGUGGAAUCAUUACGAAAGAAGCAACUCGCGCCUGUCAAGGCGCGUACCAAUAAUGCACAAGUUCAAAAGGACCCAUCGGCUUCUGGUCCUCACAUAUUUAUGUGUAUGAUUGGUGGUGGUCACUUCGCCGCCAUGGUGGUAUCGCUGGCGCCAGAGAUUCACCGCAAACAGGGUGGCGUGGAGGAGAGGCAGGCAAGAGUGAUCGCACACAAGACAUUCCACCGAUAUACGACGCGACGGAAGCAAGGUGGUUCCCAGUCGGCCAGCGAUGCAUCUCGAGGACCUGCCCAUUCAGCGGGUUCUAGCCUACGUCGCUACAACGAAGUUGCAUUGGAGAAGGACAUUCGUGAGCUUCUGGCGGACUGGCGGCAAAUGAUCGACAGUGCAGAGCUUUUGUUUGUUCGUGCCACGGGAAAGACCAACAGACGGAUUCUUUUCGAGAAGUAUGAGGGCCAUGUCUUGAAGCAAAAUGACCCUCGCCUGCGCGGGUUCCCCUUUAACACUCGUCGAGCCACUCAAGGCGAACUUAUGCGAUGCUUCAAGGAGUUGACCCGUGUGAAGGUCAGCGAGAUCGAUGAGGCUGCUCUGGCAGCUGCGGCGGAAGCUGCAAAACAAAAGGAAGAAUCUAAGCCCUCCACGCCGCGUCCACAGCCUCAAAAGCCCAAGCUGUCGAAGGAAGAGGAGGCUGCACUGCUCCAUACAUCUCAGAUUCAAGCCCUCAUCCGGCGCUCUAAAGUUCCGGCUCUAUUGUCUUACAUCUCCAACAACUCCAUCCCCUCAUCAUUCACCUUCCAGCCGUCCGACUCCCCUCAAAACUUCCGCUGCCCAACACCUCUCCACCUUGCCGCCAACAACAAUGCCCCGGCUGUUGUGAAUGCCCUUCUCACUCGAGCUACCUCAGACCCAACUGUUGUGAAUGGCGAGGGUCGUACCCCAUUUGAGCUUUGUGGAGAUCGUCCCACCCGGGAUGCAUUCCGUAUAGCCCGACAUGAACUCGGAGAGUCAAAAUGGGAUUGGUCAGAGGCAAAAGUCCCGGCUGCUAUUUCCAAAGCAGACGCGGACAGCCGAGCUGAAAGGGAACGAAGGGAAGCAAUAGAAGAGGAGAAUAAUCGGCGCAAGACCAGUUUGGAACGUCUGAAGAAUGAAGAUGCCGCCAGGGCUGCACAACAAACAUCGAAAGCUGGCGGACGAACCCUGGGAGCAGUGGAGAAAACUGCCGCCGAGAAGCGCGAUGAGGAGACUCGGGGUAUGACACCAGAGAUGAGGAUGAAACUCGAAAGAGAGAGGCGAGCGAGGGCUGCCGAAGAACGUUUCCGAAGAAUGCAGGGGAACUGA